AUGAGCGGAGCUAAAGCCCGCAUCGACCCGCCUGUUGCUGCUGAGAAUGUCUCGAGCGCCGGGCACAGUUCCGCGGCUCCUGCGCGGGAGCGCAAGCCAAGUGGAGGGGUUCUGAAGAGACUCAAGUCUCGGCGAAGCCAGGUUGAUAGUAGGCCCGUCACAGAAGACGAUCUGCGGACACAAGUUGGCCACAUCACCCCUGAAGAGGUCCUAGGAUUGCGGGUUGCUACACGGGGGUACCUGUGUAAACCAGAGGACAACAUCUUCAACAUAGAUUUCAUUCGCUUUAAAAUCAGAGACCUGGAGACAGGGACUGUGUUGUUUGAAAUCGCCAAACCAGCUCAUACGGAGGAGGACGAGGAGGAGAAUGGAGAGGGAGACAUUAGUGCCGGACGUUUCGUAAGCUACCAGUUCACAGCAGCAUUCCUACAACUGAGGACAGUGGGAGCCACAGUGGAGUUUACAGUUGGCACCCGGCCUCUGAACAGUUUCAGGAUGAUUGAGAGGCACUACUUCAGGGAUCACCUCCUGAAGAGCUUUGACUUUGACUUCGGCUUCUGUAUCCCAAACAGCCGCAAUACCUGCGAACACAUCUACGAGUUCCCUCAGCUGUCCGAGAGCUUGGUUUGUCAGAUGGUGGAACAUCCCUACGAGACGAGAUCGGACAGCUUCUACUUUGUCGACAACAGACUGGUCAUGCACAACAAGGCAGACUACGCUUAUAACGGGGGCAGGCAUUGA